AUGCAAAAACAUCAAGCAAUAUGUCGCAAAAUUCAAAAAAAACGAAAAAUAUUUGAUGCUGGAAAACAGCGAGCUACCGAUUCUGAUAUUCCUUAUGCAGCAACCAGAAAGACACUGCAAAUAUACAAAGGAGAAAUCAGACCACAAGAUGAAAAGUCAAAAUAUAAAAAACCAAACUGGCGUGAACGUCAUCGUUCGUUAAUUAAAUCUAUUCGUGAAGCGCGUUCAGUAACGCAAGCACUUAAAAGUGGUGGUCCACUACCAGAAUUUAUACCGAGUGAAGUUCCAUCAGAUUAUGUUGAAUGUCCUUAUUGUAAUCGAAAUUUUAAUCCGCAUGCUGCUCAAAGACAUACACCAUUUUGUAAAGCACAGUAUGAGAAGAAACAUCGACAAUUACCACCGCCAUCAACUAUUCGAAAUCAACAACAACAUCAGCUCGACAGACGUAAACCGCCCCUGCCUGCUAAUCAAAGACAACAAUCAUACAGUUCAGACACUCUGUUAAGCACUACAUAUAGCUUUUAUCUUUUGCUAGGAUUAUAUUCUCAAGUGCCUCCGACAAAUGACAUUUAUGGAAACGGCUAUAAACAUAGCAAUUCCGCUCCAACCUUACUUAGACAAAAUCAGUAUACAACAUCGUAUAAUGAUCCUGUGAAUUAUCCAAUAGCUGAAAAGAAACAAGAGGGAUGGGGAUUCAAACGUUUGUUUAGUUUCAUGCAUAAAAGUGACAAACAACGACUACCACCGGUGAACAAUCAUACAGAAUAUGAAAAUGAAGAAUAUGGCUAUGGCGACGAUCCAUAUUAUUCUAAUAAUUACAGCAGAAAUGUAAAACCACAGCAGCCAGUUACGAUGAGAACAGGUCGUACUCAAGAAAAUACUAGUUUGAACGUUCGAGCUCGACAAAGAAGCACGGAGAAUCCACGAGAAGUAAUGAAUCGUCGACUGAAAAGUCCAGUGGCACCAGCGCCACCAAUAAGAUACAGAAAUAGCGGUAAUAAUAGUUAUGCACAAACAACACGUCAACGACCAACGGCUGUCAUUCGAGGAGAUCCUUACAAUAGUGGUAGCACUUCCUAUCGACAACAACGACAACAACCACAACAAUCGCCUUAUUCAUCUGUUUCUAGAAUAUCGAAGCAGUGCUAUGAAUGUGGAGCCAUGAAUGCUGAAUAUGCGAAAUUUUGUAAUGAGUGUGGAACAAGAAGAAUAUAA